AUGGAAAUGCCCGGCAGGAGGUUGAACUAUACGCUUCUAAGUCAAAUUCCAGACGACCAAUACAGUGGCGGCGUUGCCGGAGCUUCCGCAUCUUUCAUAGAAACAUCAUCGGGAGAGGGGAAGAACGACAGGAGGAAGUUAGAAAGAGGAUUGGAUUGGGAAGUUGCUGGUGAUCAUAGGGCGGGUCAGCAGCAGCAGGUUAAUUGGAUCGGCAAUAUGUACUCGGCGUUUGGUUUGCAGAGGCAGUCCAGUGGAAGCAGCUUUGGAGAGAGCUCGAUAUCUGGGGAAUACUAUGCACCGACACCAUCUACUACGGUGGCUAAUGAGACAGAUGCGUUUGGUUGUACGCACGAUGAUGUGCUUAGAAUUGGAGGAGAUUCGAGAGCACAGGCAGGCGAGAUGGCCGCUGGGGCAGGAGGAUCUUCUGCUAAGAGCUGGGCGCAACAAACGGAGGAGAGUUAUCAGCUGCAGUUGGCAUUGGCGCUUCGGCUUUCAUCUGUGGCGACUUGUGCUGAUGAUCCUAAUUUCUUGAAUCCAUUUCAUGAUGAUUCAGCUUUAAGGAGGCCGAUAAGCUCUGCUGAGGCUGUGUCACAUCGAUUCUGGGUGAAUGGCUGUCUAUCGUACUUCGACAAAGUCCCUGAUGGGUUUUAUCUAAUCCAUGGAAUGGAUCCAUAUGUAUGGACUGUGUGCACCAGCCUGCCUGAUAAUGAUCGCAUGCCAUCAAUUGAAUCUCUAAAGUCUGUUGAUCCCAGUACAGAUUCGUCAAUUGAAGUUGUUUUGAUUGAUCGGCGCACUGAUCCCAACUUAAAAGACCUCCAAAAUUGGGUCCAAAGCAUUUCUUGCAGCUCUAUAACUACAGAAGAGGUUGUAGACCAGCUUGCAAAACUUGUCUGCAGGAGUUUGGGUGGCUCAGUUUCUGGAGAAGACGCAUUGGUGUCCAUCUGGAAGGAGUGCAGUGAUAACUUGAAGGAGACCUUAGGCUCAGUGGUUAUUCCUCUUGGUGGACUUUCUGUAGGACUCUGCCGGCAUCGUGCUCUUCUUUUCAAAGUGUUAGCUGACACAAUUGAUUUACCCUGUCGUGUAGCCAAGGGGUGUAAAUAUUGCUCAUGCCAUGAUUCUUCUUCUUGUCUAGUUCAGUUUGGGCUUGACAAGGAGUAUCUGGUCGACUUAAUCGGCAAUCCUGGUUGCUUAUAUGAGCCUGAUUCUUUACUCAAUGGUCCAUCCUCCAUUUCGAUCUCCUCACCAUUGCGAUUUCCACGACUAAAUCCAGUAGAGCCUGCCACCGAUUUCAGGUCACUGGCUAAACAGUACUUUUCAGAUUGCCAGUUGCUCAAUGUUGUUUUCGAUGAAGCUUCCUCAUGUAAUCACUCAGAAAUUACUUUGGAUGGAGAAGACGGCGCACUCCCAUUGUAUCCAAAGCAGUUUGAUAGGAAAUUCACCAACAGAAGCAACCAAAUGCUUGUCACUGGUGAUGGUGAUGAAAAAUCCAUUUUACUGCAUCCAAAAACUUCACAGCCUAACUCCCAUGACAGAGAUUGCCAACUGUAUAAACCACGUGAUAAUUCUCAUAGUAUUAUUCAACCAACUGGCGUGGUUGAGGAUUCAAUCCCACUGAAGUACAUUCCACAUAAUAAUCGUGGAAGCAUGCAGUCACUUUUGGAUAUGUCCCAGCCAAGGAUGGAUUCUUCUAUGGAUGUAAGGUUUGCACCGGGAGGUCAGCUAAUACCAAGCACUCGGAGUAGAACACUUCCCCUUGGUGCGGAGGAUUUGGACAUUCCAUGGGGUGAACUUGUUUUAAAAGAAAGAAUUGGAGCAGGUUCUUUUGGAACUGUGCAUCGUGCUGAUUGGCAUGGAUCGGAAGUUGCUGUGAAGAUCCUCACAGAACAAGACUUCCAUCCUGAACGUGUUAAUGAGUUUCUGAGAGAGGUUGCUAUCAUGAAAUCUUUACGACAUCCUAAUAUUGUACUGUUUAUGGGUGCGGUGACCAAGCCACCAAACUUGUCCAUUGUCACCGAAUAUCUAUCGAGAGGUAGCUUGUAUAGGCUUUUGCAUAAGUCAGGUGUCAAAGACAUAGAUGAAACACGUCGAAUAAAUAUGGCUUUUGAUGUGGCAAAGGGAAUGAACUAUCUCCACAGGCGUGAUCCUCCAAUUGUUCAUCGUGAUUUAAAAUCACCGAAUCUGUUAGUUGACAAGAAGUAUACAGUAAAGGUUUGUGAUUUUGGUCUCUCCCGUUUAAAGGCACGCACAUUUCUUUCAUCCAAAUCUGCAGCUGGAACACCUGAAUGGAUGGCACCAGAAGUACUACGUGAUGAACCAUCAAAUGAAAAGUCAGAUGUUUACAGCUUUGGAGUGAUUUUGUGGGAGUUGGCAACUUUGCAACAGCCAUGGUGUAAUCUAAACCCAGCUCAGGUUGUCGCAGCUGUUGGAUUUAAGGGCAAAAGGCUUGACAUCCCACGAGAUGUAAAUCCCAAAUUGGCUUCCUUAAUAGUGGCUUGCUGGGCCGAUGAGCCAUGGAAACGUCCUUCUUUUUCCAGCAUUAUGGAAACCUUGAAACCAAUGACUAAACAAGCGCCACCUAAACAAAGUCGCACAGACACCCUCUCGGUUAUGUGA